AUGACCGGUGUAGAGUUUUCGAAAACCAGCUGUACGCUGGCUGGCGGAGCCACGGAUGGCUCCGAUGCCUUCGCCCUGCAACUGCGCACCGGAGGCCUGUUCAUCAUUUUGGUUGCUAGCGCAGCCGGCGCGUACUUGCCUUUCCUAAGCCGACAUGGCCGCCUUCCAAGAUUCUUCCUUUUUGGUCAAGCGUUUGCUGCCGGCGUGGUGCUGGCGACCGGCUUCGUGCACGUGCUACCAGAUGCACACGCAGCUCUCAGCAACCCCUGCCUCGAGUUUUCCACCGACUACCCUUGGGCGUUCACCCUGGCAGCCAUCGCAGCCAUCCUGACCCUGGCCAUCGAGGUGGCAAUCGCUGCUGUGCUGCGCGCUGGCCUCACCCCCGGAGGCCUAGACGUCGAGCAUGCGGCGCCAGAAGAUUACGACAAGGAGCAUGCGCGGGCGCAGGCGACGGUCAUGUCGUACACUCUCGAGGCGGGCAUUAUUUUCCACUCGAUCUUCAUCGGCAUCGGCUACGGCGCAUCCACCAGCCUGGACGUCGUCCGGCCGCUCACCAUCGCGCUCGCAUUCCACCAGGCACGCCUUCAGCUCUCCGUCCAUCCAAUCUUGAGGGAGGCCAGGAUAUGGCCUGCCCAAAGUGGGUUCGAGGGCCUGGCGCUGGGGUCAUCCUUUGUGGCGGCAGGCUACAACAACCUCAAGUACGCGCUGAUGGCGGCCGCCUUCAUUCUGAUAACGCCCCUGGGCGUUGCCAUCGGCAUGGGCAUCAGUGCCAGCUUCAAUCCCAACUCCAAGGCCGCCCUGGGCUCUGAAGGCGCCUUCAACGCCAUCUCUGCAGGCAAGGCCUCUUGCUGGGUUUAUAUAGCGCUGCAAGGGGUAUCAUCAUCAUCACAUGCUUUCCCUGCCGAAAGGCAAGGCAUACUUAUCCAUACCGCCCUGGUGGGCUUGCUGCAUCCCUUAUUCACAGCUGGACAGGGCAACCCACCACUGAAGGGGUGGCUCAUGGCAUUUGCAAUGCCAUUUGCUCUGGGAGGCUGUGGCGCUAUGGCCAUCAUUGCCAUCUGGGCAUGA